UGGACAGGAUUUGUGGGUUUCAACGUUCCAUGGCUCAAAGUUCAUCCUGAGUCUGCCUAAAAAAAAUGUCAACACAAGUGCAUGACAAUGUCAAGCAAUACUAUGGUUCUCGUCUGGAGUCCACCUGUGAUCUGCAGACUAGUGCUUCCUGCUCUCUACCCUGCAGGCCAAUGCCCAAGAGUGCUAUGGAGGCCCUUAAUCACGUUCACCCUGAAGUAACCAAACGGUUCUUUGGCUGUGGUCUUCCAGUUCCAGAGAAACUUCAGGGCUGCAGAAUCUUGGACCUGGGCAGCGGUUCCGGCAGAGACUGCUAUGCCCUCAGUAAACUGGUUGGCGAGACUGGCCAUGUCACAGGCAUUGAAAUGACUGAGGAACUGAUUCUAGCGUCCCGUAAAUACAUCCAGUAUCACCAGGAGAAGUUUGGCUUUGAGAAACCCAACACCACCUUCCUCCAGGGGUAUAUGGAGAAGCUAACUGCAGCUGGCAUUGAGAAUGACUCAAUGGAUAUAAUAGUGUCAAACUGUGUCAUCUGUUUAUGCCCUGAUAAGAAAACGGUUCUACGGGAAGCCUACAAGGUCCUCAAGGAGGGUGGUGAAUUGUACUUCAGUGACAUGUAUGCCAGCAAUGUUGUUCAUGACCACUUAAAAGAAGAUCCAGUUAUGUGGGGUGAGGGAAUGGGCGGUUCCCUCUAUUGGCGAGACCUCAUCUCAUUGGUCCAGGAGGUGGGCUUCAGCACUCCUCACCUCGUCUCAGCCAGUCACAUCGAGGUCCACAACUGCGAGCUCAAAAAAAAAGCAGGUGAUAUUAGCUAUGCAUCUGGCACUUACCGGCUCUUCAAGUUGCCCAAAAAGCUUGAGAUGUCAAGUGCAAUAGUGACCUACAAGGGGACUGUGCCUGACUACCCGUGUCAGCUGGAGUUUGACUCCUCCCACUGCUUCAAGAAAAACGUGGCGCUGCAGGUCGAUGGGGAGAUGGCUGCUAUCCUCCAGUGCUCUCGCUUCUCCCCGGACUUCUGCAUCCAGAAGUACGGCCACCUCAGCCCAUUCCUGCUGGCUGAUAAGCUGGGCUCCUCGGUGAAGCAGUGCUCCAAAACAGGCAAAGCUGCAGGAGGCAGUGGGGAGACCUAACUAACUACACCUGGAUGACAUCAAAUCCAUGAAGGAACCUCCUCAGAGGGCCAGGGUGUAUGGCCCAAUCAUCUCUCCUUUCUGCUACUUCCCACAAAUCUAAAAUCAUUGGAGUGUUGUUGGCCUGGGCUAUUGGUAGUUUCCACUGUAUUUCUUUUACCAGACAUUUCCUUUCAUAUCAGUGAAGGGAAGUGAACAAGUGCACUUGAAGGAGAGGUUAUUUGGACGCACCCAAUGUGACAGAAAAUAUGUCAAUUUCGAUGUCCGCACCUAUGUAGUACAAAUUAUAUAGAAAAGUUUGUAGUGUUCCUUUUCAGACUGAAAGCUUACUGUGCCUUGAAUUAAAAAAUGUCAUAGAAUUAAACGUUAUGGGGGGGAAUGAAGUUGGAGUUCUAGAAAGAUGCAGAGUGACGGACUUGGAAUUCCGAGUUGAAUGACCGUUCCGAGUUCCCAGUUGUCCCAGUUGUCUUGAUCACUCAGAAGACUGAGAUUUCCGGGUUCCUUGUUUUGAAUGCGGCACUAGCCAGACUAGCAGGGUUUCCACUAGUUAUCACAGCCACAAAAUCAUAAUUAGAUUUUAGAUUAGUUUAAUAGUCACAUGUUCAGGGUUGCAAAUGUAAUUACAGGGUACAGUAAAAGGGGGAGACGGUAGCUGAUUAGUGGUGACUAUUCAGCAGCCUGAUGGUCUGGGGGUAGAAGCUAUUGGCCAGUCUUACAGUUUUUGCCAUGAUGCUCCUGUACUGCCCAUGUCUGAGUGAUGGAAACUGGUAGAACAGACCAUGGCUCAGGUGGCUGGGGUCCCUGAUGAUCAUUUGGCCUUCCUGCAACACCUGGUGUUUACAUUUACAUUUUAGUCAUUUAGCAGACGCUCUUAUCCAGAGCGACUUACAGUUAGUGAGUGCAUACA